AUGGCAGCGCUGAAGUCUCUUUCUCUUGGUGUCCUUCUAGGGCCGCUUAAGAAGCCUCUACGGUUCCUCAAGCGACAGCUGCCGCCGCUGAACUUCAUUACAAUCCACUAUGCGUACUUCAUCGUCACAUGUCUUAUCAGCGCCAUCAUCCUGUGGGGAUCGGCCACUCCAUUACGCAGUCUAUCUUUCACGGAUGCGCUUUUCCUAGCUAUUAGUGCUAUGACCGAAGCUGGCCUGAACACCGUCAACCUGUCGUCCCUGAACACCUUCCAGCAAUUCGUCCUAUUCCUCCUUGUCAUCAUUGGCUCAGCGAUCUGGGUCUCGGCAUUCGUGGUCCUUUUGAGACGGCAUGCAUUCGAGAAGAAGUUUGGCGAAGUUGUGGAGAGGCGGCGCGAACGGGAGAAGAGAAGACGUAGCGGGUCGAGGGGACAUAGACGGGCAUCAUGGUCGAUCAGCAGGAGGUCUUCUCGUGCCGCAUUAUCCUUGCCGGCGGCUCAGGUGGACGAAACCUCUGCUCAGCCAGCUGAGAAACCUAGCGACUCGAGCUCCCGAGAUGAAUACAAUGAAGAGAGUCCUAUGCCACGCUCGGUCACUCCCCCGGCGCGGGCUGGCGGUGCUGAAAUCUAUGGAUUCUCCAGCGAGACUGGUGAGCCUUUGAACCGGAUAGAUUCACCAGAGCAUGUUGCCCGAGAGCCGCAAUCGGCAGCUCAGGCUUCAGGCAUUCAAUGGCGAUCCGACACUGUCUUCAAGCCCUCUCGUCCGUCGCGAUCCCCCACCUCACCUCGCAAAAUCCGCACGGGUAUCUUCAGCGCACAAGGCGUUGGCGCCAGACCUACAGCCAGUCUCGAGGCCACGCUUUCCAGACACUCUACCGGCCAAACCGAUCGCCCCUCCGGACCGGUGAAUCCUAAACGAGAUGUCAAUCGGUAUCUCGAGUCCAUGGGUGGCUGGAUUUCUAGGAAUAGUCAGUUCCAUGGUCUUACGCAGGAGGAGCGCGAGCAGCUUGGAGGCUACGAGUAUCGAGCUGUAAAAUACCUUUCGUGGGUAGUCCCGGCAUACUUCGUACUCUGGCAGCUUUUGGGCGCUAUCGGCUGUGCUGCAUGGGUUGCCACCGUAUCCCCAGAUGCCUCAAGAGGAAAUGGCUUGAACCCUUGGUGGGUAGGCGCUUUCAACGCCGUCUCAGCGUUCAACAACUCCGGCAUGAGCUUACUAGACGCCAAUAUGACCGCCUUCGCGACUGGCUACUACUUGAUCAUCACGAUGGGUCUUCUGAUUCUGGCAGGCAACACGUGCUUCCCGAUCUUUCUCCGGCUGAUCGUCUGGUGCAUGUACAAGCUUGUCAAAAUGAACGACGCCAAGUCUGAGGAAUGGGCUGAACGUGCUCGUACCCUGCUCUUCCUCCUGGAUCAUCCGAGGCGAUGCUAUACCAAUCUCUUCCCGUCUCGACACACGUGGUGGCUGCUCGUAGCGGUAGUCACCCUGAACGGCGUUGAUUGGGCGGCAUUUGAAAUACUGAACAUCGGCAAUCUGCAAUUCGAAAAACUCAAUUCGGUUGGCGUCAGAGUCAUCGACGGCCUCUUCCAAGCAUUCGCAGUGCGCAGUGGUGAGUAACCCCUCGGCCAUGAGUGCGCUAUGUGAUUCCCUUCAUACAUACCCGGAAAUACCAAUGAGCCUUGAGGGAAUCGUACAACACGAUCUAAGCUCGCACCUAGAUCCUUCUCUUCCAUUCUCCUUGCCGGAAUGCUGACCUGCGAAACCUCUAGGUGGUUUCUACAUCGUCCCUAUCCCCGUCGUCCGCGUCUCUCUACAAAUUCUAUACGUUAUUAUGAUGUAUAUUAGCGUUUAUCCCGUCGUUAUUACGAUGCGCAAUUCGAACGUUUACGAGGAGCGCUCGCUCGGGAUCUAUGCCGAUGACCAGGACAGCGACCAACAUGAUACAUCCGUCGGAGACUCUACGAGUAUUUUGUCGCGACUUCACAGUCGGCUCGUCGGCACCGGCGGAGACGGGACGGAGACGAACGGCACAUUUGUGCGUGCCCAAUUGCGCGCCCAGCUUGCACACGACGCAUGGACGAUAGCGGUUGCCCUGUUCUUCAUAUUGGUUAUUGAGAACAGCCAAUUCGAACGCGAUCCGGCAGUCUUCAGUGUCUUCAACUUUCUGUUUGAGAUUGUUUCUGCCUAUGGAUGCGUUGGGAUAUCGAUCGGCCUCCCGAAUGAGUCGUACAGUUUCUGUGGAUCUUGGCACGUUUUGAGCAAGCUGAUUCUCUGCUUUGUGAUGCUGCGUGGCCGACAUAGAGGUCUGCCGGUGGCCAUCGACCGAGCCAUCCUGCUUCCGGGUGAGGAGAACGAGCUUGCGGAAGAGGAUGAUGGCAGGUGAGUCAACAUCCUCGUCGAAGAAGAAUACAGAACUCGAAGCUAACGUUUGCAGGAUUCGGCUUGCUCGAACAAGUAGCCGCGGCAGGCAAGGGGCCACUGUGGUUUGA